AUGGGGCUCCAGGCUGGGACACACCGGCUCCAUGGGAUCCUUGUCCUCCUGCCCGCCGUGGUGGGGAUGCUUCUCCUCUGUAAGAGCCCAGCGGGUGCGACCAGCUUCCAGGGGUUCCCCGCAGACUGCAGCCACCUCACCAGCAGCAGCCCCAGCGGGGUGUACGUCAUCCAGCCGGCAGGGUCUCCCCCACGCGUGGUGUGGUGCGACAUGGACACCGAAGGCAAGGGCUGGACUGUUGUCCAGAGAAACACUUACAACACCGAAAUCACAUGGAAGGAGUCCUGGACCACCUACAAGUACGGCUUCGGGAACGUGCAGGGCGAUCACUGGCUGGGCACCGAGUACCUGCACCUGCUGACGCAGCAGGGCACCUACAAGGUCCGCUUCAUCGUGCAGAAUAAAGCCAACGUCACCCAUUACGCCGAGUACGACAUCUUCAGCGUGGAGAGUGAGGCUAGCGGGUACCCGCUGCGGCUGGGCCGGUUCCUGGGCAGCGGGAAUGACUAUCUGACCAGCUAUCACGCCAGUUACGGGGGCAUACACGACAACAUGAAGUUCAGUACGGCCGACAGGGACCAGGACCAGUACAGUGGGAACUGCGCCAACAGCUACGGGGGCUGGUGGUACGACAAGUGCCAGAACAUCCUGCUCAAUGGCAAGAAGUACAUCUACUGGCCAGGAAUCUGCUCAAGUGGCAACUGCACAUCUUCCCUCAUCCUGGUCAAACCCACAGAUGUGUGCUGA